AUGGCUAAGUAUUCAAAGAAUGUGCUUGUUUUCUGCAUUGGAAUGCUUCUUGUAAGCUUGUGGUGCAUGAAAGUGAAUGGUCAUGAAGAUGCACCUGGAAAAGGACACGAAGAUGACAUUGUUAAGCCCUUGAAGAAAGUGAAUGGUGACCAAGGAAUAUUUGGACCUGGAAAAUCGUUACAUGGAAAGGAAGAUGCAUCUGGAAAAGGACAUGAAGAUGACAUUGUUCAGCCCUUAAAGAAAGUAAAUGGUGACCAAGGAAUAUUUGAACCUGGAAAAUCGUUACAUGAAAAGGAAGAUGCAUCUGGAAAAAGACAUGAGGAUGACAUUGUUCAGCCCUUGAAGAAAGUGAAUGGUGACCAAGGAAUAUCUGGACCUGGAAAAUCAUUACAUGGAAAGGAAGAUGCAUCUGAAAAAAGACAUGAAGAUGACAUUGUUCAGCCCUUGAAGAAAACAGGUGGAGGUGGUAAUAAAGGAGAGAAACAUGAAAAUCCUUUUAAAAGAUGGUUUGGUGAUAACUAA